UGGUGGAGUCGGGACCGAGCCACGAGAGUGCGUGAUGGCGAACAAAGUCUAUGACAGCCUCAGGGUCAACUCUCCUGGCGAUGAGAGGCAUGCGACUCAAUGUCUGGGCUGGGGCCAUCUACGCAACGGGGGCCCUCGGCUGUGGGGCUAUAAACUUUACUUCGACUAUUGCGAACAUGGCGACCUUUCAUCCCUCAUAUACUCGCAAGCCAUAGGACACCGCCGAGAUCGAAGGCAAAGAUCAAGGAUCGAUCGCCCAAGAAUAAUCUA